GGACGCCAUCGACACUCCACCCCGUCAUCGACCCGUCAUCCCUUCCCUCCUCCCAAUACCCCGCCAUAUAAAGCUCCGCGCAACCACCCAGUCUCCUCACUUUCUACCCACUUCUCACCAAACCACACACCCAACAACUCUACGAUUAUGACCUCCCCAUACACCAACACCGACCUCUACGGCCAACAGGCCGGGCUCGACCGCGCGGGCGAGCGCACACAAGUCGGCGGCCACGGCACCAGCCAGUUCAACGACUACGGCGUCUCGCAGACGGGCGGCGGCGCGGGCUUCGGCACCUCCGCGACCGACGCCAACAGCGGGCCCGGUCUCGGCAGCGCGACCGACGCGGGCAGCGGCGCCGACCCGCGCACCCAUCCCACACACGCCCACCACCACCACGACGGCCGCACGCAGCCCGUGGGCACCGGCGUCGCCGGCCUCGGCCCGCCGGUCGGGGAGCUCGGGGACGCGUACGGCACCGGCGCGGGCGCGGACCGGUACACCACCACGACCGACCCCAUGCACCACGACCACCCCGCCGGCGCGGGGGCGGGCCACGGCGAGCGCCAGCCGGAGCGCAAGGCGACGCUCGGCGACAAGAUCGUCGGCGGCGCGGAGAAGCUCGCGGGGAGCGUGGUGGGCAACCCCGGGAUGAAGGAGAAGGGCGUCGAGCGCCAGCACGGCGUGAAGGAUUCGACGAGGAACGACUUGUAA